AUGGCAAAACCGUCUUACGAACAGCUCGAAGAGCAACUCAAGGCCGCGCAGGAGAAAGCAGAUGCCGCCACGGAGGAAGUUGCUGCUGUGCACGGACAUCUCGAAGCCGCUCGUCGCGUGCUGAGAAUGCACAACGCUCUUCCAGUCCUUCCGAAGGCUACUCUGUUGUUUAUGAUGAAAGAUGUUACCGAUGCUGCAGGAGUCUUUGUGGAGCAGCUCGACGGCAUCAGCCAACGUGAGUCUGGCGAAAUCGACGAGUUGAUCUUCUUCCAAGAGUAUUACGGCUGCCUUGGAGACUUCGCCUUGCUGGCGGAAUUACCGGAUGAUGGCCCCGAUCUUGCCAUCGAGAAAGUCAUUGAAUGUGCGGAACAGGAGCUUGAUGGUGGAUUUCGCGGCGCCGUUUCUUUCAAAGAGCUUCCAGACUACGACUACGUCACGCUCGCUGCUGUGUGCAGAAAAGCCAGCAACGAUCAUGCCAACGAAGCAGCCGAAACAUACGACCUGCGAUCUGAGAUUGACAAAUUUGUGCAACCGAAGAAGUUUCUGCUUCGUAACAUCGAAAACUUCGUUUCGAGCAAGCGCUCCAAGAGUUCCAAAGCAGCGCAGCCCACAGCUAGUGGACCCAAGCCAGCAAGCGGUCAGACACAACGUUGUGCCCGAAUCCUCUUCAAUAAGGUGUGGUUUCCGCUGACCUUGAAGUUCUUGCACGAAUUGCAGCGCAAGGAAAUCGCCGAGUUCCUAGUGCCACUGGUUGCCGAGGACGUGUUACCGGUGGAGCUCAUGGACAUGAUAUGCGCAUUCUGCUAUGACGGGGAUUACAUUGCGCAGGCACCGUCUAUUGCCGAGAAGAACGCACCAAAGUACAGCUCAAGGCGAUGA